UUGAUAAUUUCCCUCCGCACAGUACAAACCCUCCGUCUUCACUCUUUCAUAGAAGCAGGGCCUCACCUCAACUAUCUCUCUCUCUCGCAUAUAUUAUCUCAAUAUACCUCAUAGCCUAUCGAAGCGUCGCAAGCUGUCAAACUCUGACGCUAAUUUUCUGUGAUUCCAAAGACUUACAGUUAGGACGGUUGGUUGAGCCUCUGGUUAAACAAUCACUGUUCCAUAAAGACGGACGAGAUUUGCCAGUGAUUCCGUACUCUCAAUAUAAUAAAAGAUAAAAAGCUUUUAACAACAUAAUCAACGACCGUCCCCGGGAAGUCUCUGAGGCAGAAAGGAAAUGGCGGUUGAGUUCUCAACAUGCGUGGAGUACGGCCUGAAACUCUCGAAGCGAGUAUACUACGGUAAGGAGUCGGUUUUUUCGUCUGCUCCGGCGGUAGUUCCAGCUAUGUCGAAGUCUUCAUCAGAUUACUUGCCGUCGGCGCCCAUGGUGUAUGUGGUGGUGCCGGAGCCGGAAGUGGUGGACAACCCGGACGUUCCGAGCUACCAAUCUUACGUGUACGGCCGGUGCGAGCCGCCGGCUUUGAUACCGCUGCAAAUGCAUGGGGUGGCGAUGGAGAUCGAGAGCUAUUUGGACACUGCCUUCGUCUCGGUGAACGGGACGUGGCGCGUGCAUUGCGUGAUGGCGGGCCGGAGGUGCGAUUGCCUCAUUGCGGUGCCGAUGGGAGAGCAGGGUUCACUUCUAGGUGUCGAGGUUGAUGUUAGUGGAAGAUCUUAUCGUACUCAGUUGAUUACAAUGGAAGAUAUAACAGGCAUUGAGAAAAUGGCCAGAUCUGAAGAUGGGCGCUUCCUUAAAGGCCGGAUAUACACUUUAAAAGUUCCACAGGUUCUUGGAGGCUCCACUCUCUCAAUUAAGAUGAGUUGGUCUCAGAAGUUAAUAUAUCAAGAUGAUCAGUUUUUCCUUAAUGUACCUUUUAGUUUCCCAGCAUAUGUCAAUCCCGUUGGGAAGACAAUUUCCAAAAAAGAGAAGAUUUUUCUGAAAGUGAACCCUGGUACUGGGACAGAAUUUUUAUGCGGAAGUACCAGCCAUCCUCUAAAGGAAGUUAGUAAAGUAAGUUUCUCGUAUGAAGCUGAAGUACCAGCAUGGUCAGAUCAAGACUUCGAUUUCUCUUAUACUGUUACAUCAAAUGACAUUUUUGGUGGUGUCCUCUUGCAAUCUCCAUUUCUGGGUGAUUUUGAUAAAAGAGAGAUGUUUUGCUUCUAUCUAUUCCCUGGAAAUAUCCAGAGUAAGAAGGUUUUUAGAAAGGAAGUGGUAUUUCUUAUUGAUAUAAGUGGCAGCAUGAUGGGAGAACCUCUUGAGAAUGCAAAGAAUGCACUAAUGGCCUCACUGUCCAAGCUAAACUCUAAAGAUACCUUUAACAUAAUUGCUUUUAAUGGAGAGGUACAAUUAUUCUCAUCAACAAUGAAGCUGGCAACCAAUGAAGCAAUCUCAAAUGCUAGAGAGUGGAUUGAUGUUAAUCUUAUAGCAGAUGGUGGUACAAACAUUUUGCUCCCCAUAAAUCAGGCGAUGAAGUUGCUGGCCGAGACUACUGAUUCAGUUCCUCUCAUUUUCCUCAUUACUGAUGGUGCUGUUGAGGAUGAAAAGGAGAUUUGCAAUAUUAUUAAAGGCUAUCUCAAGAGGGAGGGAUCAAUUUGUCCUCGCAUAUGUACUUUUGGCAUAGGUUCAUAUUGUAACCAUUACUUCCUGCAAAUGCUAGCACACAUUGGGAGGGGUCAUUAUGAUGCUGCUUAUGAUGCAGAUACAAUUGACUUUUCAAUGCAAAGACUAAUUGAUAAUGCUUCGUCAGUCAUUCUUGCCGAUAUUCAAAUGGACGCUUUAGAACAUCUUGACUCACUUGAGUUGUUUCCAUCUCAUAUUCCAGACCUUUCAUCUGGAAACCCAUUGAUUAUAUCAGGCAGAUACAAUGGAAGCUUUCCAGAUGCUGUUAAAAUUAGUGGUAACUUGGCAGAUAUGAGCAACUUUGUAAUAGACUUGAAAGUGCAAAGAGCCAAGGAUCUGCCUCUUGAUAGAGUACUUGCUAGGAGACAUAUUGAUAUACUCACAGCCUGUGCAUGGUUCUCGGGAACAAAAGAACUGGAGGAGAAGGUUGCCAAAAUGAGCGUACAAACUGGGGUUCCAUGCGAGUACACUCGAAUGACUUUGGUUCAGACUGAUGCCGGAAAGAAAACACCUGAAUCGGCUUGGAUACAACAGGUAUACAAGAAACUAAAAACGCUGAAGAUGGAGGAGUUGGAGGGCCAGAAGAUCAUAAACUUGGGAAAACUAGGAGUCGGCUUUGGUAACUUGACUGCAACGGCAGGGAAUCUUCCACCAGGAGCCGAGGAAGCCAAGCCACCUGAUGCUGCAGAGCUGUUGAUAAAGGCUGCUUCCAACUGUUGUGGCGGACUGCUUGAUCGCUGCUGCUGUAUGUGUUUCCUCCAGUCUUGCUCGUAUAUGAGUGACCGAUGCGCAGUUGCUUUCACGCAGCUUUGCGCUGCCCUUGCUUGUUUGGAGUGUCUCAAUUGUUGUUAUGAGCUUUGUGCAUGAAUUUAAUUUACAUUAAUAUAAAGUUAGUCGGACAUACGAGUACAAGGAUAAGUUAUUUCCAUGUCUAAUUACCAAAAGAAAAUUAAUAUAAUAAUGCACAGAUGUUAUGUGUAUA